AUGGGCAUCUUCCAUCUCCGUCUCGCAGAUGCAGCCAACGAUUUUAUCCUACUGUCACCGUUGGAUCCAUUCAAGGACCUAGGCGACUAUCUCUGUUCAGAUAAGAUCAUUCAUUGGUUCUUCUGCAAGACAUGUGGGGUCAGGUGCUUUUCGUUCACGGGCAAAGGCCAAGUUGUUGAUAAGGAUGUUGAUGGUGAGACGAAGACGGUCUGGGCGCCGGCUGAAGGCUUUGUAGAAGGGAAGAAUGGCUACUUGAGUGUCAAUGCGACGUCUUUGGAUGCUGGGCAACAGGGGCUGGAUCUGCGAGAAUGGCACGAGAAGGGCUGGAUUCAUUAUCUGGAUACGCUCGACGCGAAGGAAGAGACCAGCUGGACGAAACCCCAUCGUGGUGACUUUAAAAACAUCCUCGAGAGUGUGUCGAUAUUGGGUGAUGAAAAUAUGAACACUUCUAAUAGAAUAGUUAUCUAUGAUGGGUGA